AAGAACCCAAAGAGGUCAGGAGGAGGAGAAACCACGUGUGAUUGCCAUGUUCAGCGUUGACUGUCCUUCCUCUGUAGACUUGUUUUUGUAAGAUCGUACCCUCUGCAUGUAGCUGGCUAGCUAAAUAAGGAGCAUUUAACAGAUUCACAUAGCAAUUUUGAACAACGGAUUUUUGUUGCCACCUUUGACUAACUAGCUGCCAAAUAAUGGUGAGCAAGACUGAUGACAUCCCGGCGUCAGUACCCAACUGUAAUGUUAACACAGUUGAUCUUGUAGGAGAGACGCCAGACCGCAAAGAGACUACCAAGGCACCACACAAGGACCCUUGUGGGCACAGUGUAGACACAGCGGUGAUGAAUGGGGGUGGGGCCCACAAUCUUUCGGAGGAGGAGUCCAAGCAGGAUGGGGCUGGUGACACAGACGGUGGGGAGGAUUCUAACGAACAGGAAGUGAUUGUGAUUCAGGAUACAGGUUUCACUGUGAAGAUCCAGGCACCCGGGACGGAGCCUUUUGACCUCCAGGUUUCACCCCAGGAGAUGGUGCAGGAGAUCCACCAGGUGUUGAUGGACCGUGAGGACACCUGUCAUCGUACCUGUUUCUCCCUGCAGCUGGACAGCAACGUGCUGGAUAACUUUGCUGAGCUGAAAUCCAUCGAGGGCCUGCAGGAGGGCUCCCUGCUCAAAGUAGUGGAAGAGCCCUACACAGUGCGCGAAGCCCGUAUCCACGUGCGUCACAUCAGAGACCUGCUGAAAGGCCUGGACCCGUCUGAUGCCUACAACGGCGUGGACUGCAACUCCCUCUCCUUCCUCAGCGUCUUCACUGACGGGGACCUGGGAGACAGUGGUAAGCGGAAGAAGAAGGGCAGUGAGCUGGAGCAGAUAGACUGUACCCCUCCAGAACACAUCCUGCCUGGCAGUAAAGAACGCCCCCUGCUGCCUCUCCAGCCACAGAACAAGGACUGGAAGCCCAUGCAGUGCCUGAAGGUCCUGACUAUGAGUGGCUGGAACCCCCCCCCUGGCAACAGGAAGAUGCAUGGUGAUCUCAUGUACCUGUAUAUGGUGACUGUUGAGGAGAGACACAUCAGUAUCACCGCCUCUACACGUGGCUUCUACCUCAACCAGUCGACCACCUACACCUUCAACCCCAAGCCAGCUAACCCCAGCUUCCUCAGCCACUCGUUGGUUGAGCUGCUGAGCCAGAUAAGCCCUGCCUUCAAGAAGAACUUCACUGCCCUGCAGAAGAAAAGGGUUCAGCGGCAUCCGUUUGAGAGGAUAGCCACACCCUUCCAGGUGUACAGUUGGACCGCCCCCCAGGUGGACCACACCAUGGACUGUGUCAGAGCUGAGGACGCUUACACCUCCCGUCUGGGCUACGAGGAACACAUACCUGGACAGACACGAGACUGGAAUGAGGAGCUGCAGACGACCAGAGAGCUGGCCCGGAAGAACCUGCCUGAUCGCCUGCUGAGGGAGAGGGCCAUCUUUAAGGUCCACAGUGACUUUGCGGCUGCUGCCACUCGCGGUUCCAUGGCGGUGAUUGACGGCAACGUGAUGGCCAUCAACCCUGGCGAGGAGACACGUAUGCAGAUGUUCAUCUGGAACAACAUCUUCUUCUCCCUGGGCUUUGACGUACGUGACCACUACCGCGAGCUGGGCGGGGAUGCUGCCGCGCACGCUGCGCCCACCAACGACCUCAACGGUGUCCGGGCUUACGGGGCUGUAGACGUGGAGGGGCUGUACACCCUAGGGACUGUGGUGGUGGACUAUCGGGGUUACCGUGUCACGGCCCAGUCGAUCAUCCCUGGCAUUCUGGAGAGGGAGCAGGAGCAGAGCGUUAUCUACGGGUCUAUCGACUUUGGGAAGACAGUGGUGUCUCACGGGAAGUACCUGGAGCUUCUGGAGAAGACCAGUCGACCACUCAAGGUCCAGAGACACAAUGUACUGAAUGAGAAGGAUGAGUCCAUGGAGCUGUGUUCCUCUGUUGAGUGUAAGGGCAUAAUCGGCAACGAUGGACGCCACUACAUCUUGGACCUUCUGAGGACCUUCCCCCCCGACCUGAACUUCCUGCCUGUGGAAGGGGAGGAGCUUUCCCCUGAGAGUGUGAGACAGGGUUUCCCACGCCAGCACCGCCACCGUCUGGCCUGCCUCCGUCAGGAGCUCAUCGAGGCUUUCGUUGAGCACAGAUACCUCCUCUUCAUGAAGAUGGCAGCGCUUCAGCUUAUGCAGCAGAAAGCUAACAAGGAGAGCAAGCUGGCCACCCUGACAGAAAAUAGCAUCCCCGGGGCAGCCGUUCCAGCCCUGCCCUCCACAGAGACCCCCGAUGCCUCGGCCGAGUCCUCAGAAACUUCCACAGAAACCCUCACUGACGCCAACUCGGACGCAGUCCAGACGGAGACCACCUCCACCUCUGAUGCCCCUCAGCCAGCAGCAACAGAAGCCACCACCACAGAAGCAGCCCCCAAGACAGAGCCAAUGACAGAAACAGACAGUUCAGCUACAACAACCACUAAUGCCUCCCAGGCAACCCCUAUAGAGGAUGUGGUUCCCACGGUGACCACCAAUGGGCCGUUGGUGCCCUUUGCCACAGCAAUUCAGAACGGGGAGUGCGAGAGCCCUCUGGAGGGUAAGGCUGAGGAUAUUAUCCCUGGCUUAGCCCAGGCAAAAGAGCUGGCUGAGUCUUUAGCCGCGGAAGACGGAUCCGGCAUCGACCCUAAAAGCCGAGAGGUGGUCCUCAACGCCUGCAAGGCCGUGGGUUCCAUCAGCAACACCUCCUUCGACAUCCGCUUCAACCCAGACAUCUUCUCUCCAGGAGUGCGUUUCCCUGAGGACAGUGCGGAUGACAUUCAGAAACAGAAGCAGCUCUUGAAGGAUGCUGGAGCCUUCAUGGUGUCCUGUCAGAUUCCGUCUCUGGUAAAAGACUGUCUGGACCACAGUGCUCUGCCCAUGGAUGGAGCCACGCUGACCGAGGCGCUGCACCAAAGGGGCAUCAACGUGCGUUACCUAGGCAACGUACUGGCGUUCGUGGACCAGACCCCAGCCAAGGCACAGCUGGAGCACUUCUAUAGAAUAGGUAUCAGCGAGUUAAUCACCAGAUGUGCGAAACAUAUCUUCAAGACAUACCUCCAGGGUGUUGAGUUGUCGGCCCUCUCCGCCGCUGUCAGCCACUUCCUCAACUGCUUCCUGUCCUCUUUUGAUGCCGUGGCACACUUGCCUGCCGACGAGCUCGUGUCGCGCCGCAAGAACCGUAAGCGCCGUAACCGUGUCCCGGGGGGAGGGGACAACACUGCGUGGGCCUGCCUGACACCCAGUGAGCUGUGGAAGAACAUCGUCUCUGAGGCCCAGAGCUACUACCACUUCACCCUGCACUGCGAGAAUGCCGACCAGGUAGUGGAGAAAUACGGCCUUCAGAAGAUCACCCUGCUCAGAGAAAUCUCCAUCAAAGCUGGCAUCCAGAUCCUGAUAAAGGAGUAUAACUUUGACAGUCGCCACAAGCCUGCCUUCACAGAGGAGGACAUCCUUAACAUCUUCCCUGUGGUGAAGCACGUCAACCCCAAGGCCUCCGAUGCCUUCCACUUCUUCCAGAGUGGACAGGCCAAGGUCCAGCAAGGUUACCUGAAGGAGGGCUGUGAGUUGAUCAACGAGGCUCUGAACCUGUUCAACAACGUGUACGGGGCCAUGCACGUAGAGAUCUGUGCCUGCCUGCGUCUGCUGGCUCGCCUCAACUACAUCAUGGGAGACCACCAUGAGGCUCUCAGUAACCAACAGAAGGCUGUCUUGAUGAGUGAGAGGGUACUGGGCGUCGAGCACCCCAACACUAUCCAGGAAUAUAUGCACUUGGCUCUGUACUGCUUUGCCAAUGGUCAGCUGUCCACUGCUCUGAAGCUGCUGUACCGUGCUCGCUACCUCAUGCUUAUGGUGUGUGGGGAGGACCACCCCGAAAUGGCGCUUCUAGAUAGUAACAUUGGCCUGGUGCUGCAUGGAGUAAUGGAGUACGACCUGUCUCUGAGGUUCCUGGAGAACGCCUUGGCCAUCAACUCCAAAUACCAUGGACCCCGCUCCCUCAAAGUAGCCCUCAGUCAUCAUCUGGUUGCGAGGGUUUACGAGAGCAAGGCAGAGUUCCGCUCUGCGCUCCAGCAGGAAAAGGAGGGCUACACCAUCUACAAAAACCAGGUGGGAGAGGCCCACGAGAAGACUAAAGAGAGCUCCGAGUAUCUGAAGUACCUCACACAGCAGGCUGUGGCUCUGCAGAGAACCAUGAACGAGAUCUACAAGAACGGCUCCAACGCCAGCAUCAUGCCACUCAAGUUCACAGCUCCCAGUAUGGCCAGUGUUCUAGAGCAGCUCAAUAUCAUCAACGGCAUCAUCUUUAUACCCCUCAGCCAAAAGGACUUGGAGAACCUGAAGGCAGAGGUUCAGCGGCGGCAGCAGCUUCAGGAGUCGGGGAAGAGCGUGGAGGAUCUCACUGUGGACGGUCCACUAGAGCUGGAGGACAAAAUACCCAUGGACGUUAACGUUAAUUAACGUCAAACCCUCCACACCACAUUACUUUCUGCAAGGGAGAGGACGUGAUACAACUGCCAUCUUCUUGAAUGAGCAUGUGGACCCGAGAACUGAGCUGUCUAAAAAUCAACAAUGAAAACAAAAGGGGUGAGGGGCAGACAAAGAGAAAUAUCUAUGUAUAGAGUUUAUAAGAGGAACUUCAAGGAGUAACAGAGCAGGAGUUAGUAUAUACAGGCGUAGGAGAAUACAGAAUCCAUGUUAACAUGUUCAGUCUGAAAGCCUACAGCCUCAAGAGCUUUGGUAAAGAAGCAGAAUGAAUGUAAACUUGAUAUCUGCUGCUGUGUGUGUGUGAGAAAAGGCGACCAAGGACGACCAUGACAUUGUAUUACCAGAGCCUUAUCCACUGUUCAUCCCACUCCACAUCAACCAACUGUUCUCCCUACCCAAGGACCACUUUUUACCCAACACCUCCAAAACUCCUGAAAAAGCCACUGAGGCAACUACGGCUUUCAUCAUGGCCCCAUGUUGCCUCGCAAAUAACAUCUGACACCCUGUCCCAGAACUCAGGGGAUUCUUUCUCUCUUUUUUUUUUUUUACUGUGAGAUUAAAGUCACUAAAAUUGAGAGAUUUCUCUGUUUUGGGCCACAAAAUGUAAACUCCCUUCUCUUGCGUUUAGUCUUGUUAAACCUCCCCACCAAUCACACAUUUGCUCUUGAGUGGACCCUAUGGUCAGUCAAAAUUGUAUUUGUAUUUCAUGGUUUUAUCAUGAGUUGCUGCUGUGUCUGUUGGUUCUAUCACAGAAAAACAGACGGUGACUCAUGUAUGCUCUCCAAUCAAUCUUUUGAUUGUUACACCUUUUUUUAGUAAAAAUUUAUCUUUUUGUAAAAGCAAAAUGGAAACGAGGGAGACGCCAUUUUUAGCUCUGUCAAUUAUCCAUUAAUUUAAAGGUAAAGUCAGCUAUAUGAUGUAGGUGCACAAAGUAAACGGUGUAGUGGAUCAAUUUCCGCAACAACCUAGAGUGAAGCACAAGGCUAAACUCACCCACUGUUUUAGUCCCGUACCUACCACACUCGAACAGUUUGAAGCGAAACCCAUGCACAUGCGCUGAUACUGUGGGAGCAAAGUCAAGUGGCUCGCUCAUUGAAUUAUCUGCGGUGUUGCUCGUGGCAACAUCAUUUCGCUGUUUACCUUUAAGCCAUGUCUGUUUUUAUAGAAAAUGAGUGGAAAAGAUGUAUAAAUAAAUCUGUCUAUGGGGUUUAGACAGGUAUUUGAUCAAUGUUGAUGGAAAUACAGAUACGAAACAUACAACUAUGGCUUGAGCAGUAGACCUAUAUAGGACUCUUAUGUUAGAUGUGUCCAGUCUUCUAUUUUUCCACGUUGAAAGAAUAUGUGCAUGUAUGUUUUUGUUUCUGUGUGUUUGUGUAGUCCGAGAGAAGGAAUCGGAUAUGGCCAUGAUGAAUUUGACACAUGCAGCUUCGUAGUAUAAUGACUAGGUUGGGUAAGCCACAACUUUCCAAAUGUUUUAUUUUUUUAUAUGCAAUGGCUGUGUUUACACAAAGACAAAUUCAGAUAUUUUGUCCAAUUAUUGGCAAAAGGCCUGAUUGGUGGCAAAAAGAUCAGAAUUGGGCUGCCUGUGUAAACAAAGCCGUAGUAAAACCAUGGGAUGGCUAAUGCAAACUUCCAUUCUCAUGUAACAUUCUUGGCCAGCAAUGUUGUAUAUCUGCUCAUAUGAAGUGAGUAUGAGAAACGUAUAGUGUGUGUGUGUAUAUGAGAAACUCCUUGUUUCAAAAUAGUAAACUUAUGUUUCCAUUAUUUGGUAAACCCAUUCAACAAGUUGACAGUAAAUCGGGCAACAGCAGGCGAUGUAUGAACAAAGUUUCCUUGUCAGUAUUGAGUGCACUUUCCAGUGCUGUCUGUCUGAAUGCAUACACACAUACAGCACCACCAAAAGUGGGUUGAGAAGGGCUUCUUCAAUAUACCAAAGAAGACUGAUCGAGGUGUGUGUUUUGUGUGCGCUUGUGUACGACCCUCCCUUGCAAAUGUCUUUCUAAAAAUUGUUGCAGUGUCUAAAUGUAUGUGAUUAAAGCAAUAGAAACUAUGCUGGAACUGAUCCUUUUGAAGUGCUGCACUUGUGUGGCUGCACAAGCUGCUGUCAUUGUAAGUAAAAGGCUGCCACCAAGAGGGGACAGAGCAGUUACAGUAAUUUCUUAUUAUGCUCUUAAAAAGCUGGAACAAUAGAACUUUGUAUGAUUUGUGCCUAUUUAUGCUUUUCAAAACGUUUUAAACUGUUUUUCUGGUUUCUUUUAAUUUUUGCUCAUGUUUUUCAAAGGAAUAUCAUUGGUUUCCUUUUUGAAAUAUGUGUAUCUGCAUUUCCUUCUCAGGUUCAACUUCCUCUAUGAAUGUCAGUCCUGUCUUGCAUUACACUUAGUAGCCAUGGAGUGGUGCUCUAGAGUACUUCAGAAACAAAUGAGAAGGCUUUAUUCGUGUGAAUUAAUUUUGUCCCAUAUGAUGUUAACAAGCAUAUCUCAAUGCUAGUGUGUAACUAACUGUUUCAUAUGCUUCUCAUUCACUGGACGUUGAGGAAAGGGAAAAAAAGUAUUUGAUGGAAUUGUGGUGAUAUGAACCUGAAAGUUUUCAGACAUUGCUUGAUGAACAUUUUAAAUUGUUGACACCUUUACAAAAGACAGAUUCUGGCCAUUUCUGAUAGAAUAACAUUAAAUUAUUUAGAGUGAUCAAAAAUACUUUUGUCUGCCUCGACAUCUAUUUUUUUCAUGGAUCAUAAUCAUGCUACUUCGAUUUAAUCACACAGGCACUAAUUAUUGUUGGAGUUCAGCUGCAAUUCUGUUCUAAUUGCGUCAUAAUAUACCUCUUGAUACAUUCAAGAAAUUGCAUGAGAAACUGAUUUGACUGUUCUUUAGAUGUUCAACAUUUGGAGACAUUCAGAAUCCAUCCAUACAAACCAAGGGGUUUACAUAAAGAUGAAGAAAUGUAAUUUCAAUGCUCUGGAAAUUAAAAAUUGUAAUAUUGACAAAAUUAUACAUUGUCUUCAGCUUUGAUAAAAUAAACUGGAGGUCUGUCACUCCCUACUGAAUUAAUCUAAUUGUAAAGCUCUUCAAAUGACUCCCAGCACUUAACUGAUGUCACACAUAUGAUACUGCUAUUCUGUACAUUUACACAUCCAUUUCAUGUUCUUUCCAAUUUGAUACAAAAACGUGUGUUUUCCAAGAUAGCACAUUGAAUCACCUAAGUAGCACACAAGAAACCACCAAUCGAGCUGUCUCUUUACUAUGUAGAAAAAUAGAAGGCUCUGACCAUCAACAUUUCAUAGAUGCACUGACACUGAGUGGGGUUGUCUCUGCUCUCUCAUCUAGUGGGGAGAAAAAUGGGUCCUAUGGGGCAAAGACAGUGCAAAUAUGGUCCCGAUCAACUCAGUGUAGCUGGCUGUCUAACUCAAUGAGGGUUUGUCAGUUUGUUUUAUUCUUCUGUUUUCUUUCUUACCUUGAACUGAUGAAAUUUCUUCUGCACAUUUCUAGUGUUAAAGUCUACUUCCCUGGCUGUGUGGUACCUGUCUGUUGCUCUUUACAAAAUAACAAUCUAAUUAUUUUUGGUCGUGAGUAUGCUUUUGUAUUAAAAUGAAUAAAGAAAAUUAGCAAAUAA